AUGCCGCCCCCGCCGCAUCAAAAACCCGAGAAUGUCCUCAAGCGCGCCCACGAGCUCAUCGGCGUCGGCCAGGCCCCAGCCGCCCUGACCCUGCUGCACGAGCACAUCACCUCGAAGCGAUCACGAAAUGUCCCCAUCGCGUCGCUGGAGCCCGUCAUGCUCUUGCUCGUCGAGCUGUCCGUCGAGCAGAAGAAGGGCAAGCUGACAAAAGACGCCAUGUACCAGUACAAGAACAUCGCCCAGAACAGCAACAUCGGCACCAUCGAGCUGGUCCUCAAGAAGUUCCUCGAGCUCGCUGCCGACAAGGUCACCGCCGCCCAGGCCAAGGCCGACGAGGUCCAGUCCAGCAUCGAGGCGACCACCGGCGAGGCUGGCGUCGACGACCUGGAGGCCACGGAGACACCAGAGUCCAUCCUGCUCGCCACCGUCUCUGGCGAGCAGUCCAAGGAUCGCACCGACCGCGCCAUCGUCACCCCAUGGCUCAAGUUCCUCUGGGAGGCAUACCGUACUGUCCUCGACAUCCUCCGAAAUAAUGCUCGGCUCGAGAUCCUCUACCAGAGCACUGCCAUGCAGGCCUUCGACUUCUGCCUCAAGUACACCCGAAAAACCGAGUUCCGCCGCCUGUGCGAGCUGCUCCGCAACCAUGUCCAGACAGCUGCCAAGUACUCCCAGCAGAUGCACGCCAUCAACCUGAACGACCCUGAUACGCUGCAGCGUCACCUCGAGACACGCUUCCAGCAACUGAACGUGGCCGUCGAGCUGGAGCUGUGGCAGGAGGCCUUCCGCAGCGUGGAAGACAUCCACACUCUUCUCAACCUGAGCAAGCGCCCACCAAAGAACAUCAUGAUGGCCAACUACUACGAGAAGCUCACCCGCAUCUUCCUCGUCGGCGAGAACUACCUGUUCCACGCCGCUGCCUGGUCCCGUUACUACCAGCUCCUCCGCCAGUCCGCCACCUCUGUCGCGACCGGCCAGAGCAAGAAGUCCGACAACCCGGCGGCUACCGAGGCCGACCUGCAGAAGGCUGCUUCAUUUGUCCUGCUGUCGGCCCUGUCCAUCCCAGUCAUCAGCACUACGAGAUCCCGUGGUGCCAUGGUCGACUUUGACGAGGCCAGGAAGAACAAGAACUCCCGUCUGACUCAUCUGCUGGGCAUGAACUCGGCGCCCACCCGUGCUGUCCUCUUCCAGGACAUCCGCGCUAAGCAGCUCAUCCGCCGAGUCCGCCCGGAAAUCCGAGACCUCUACAACAUCCUUGAGGUUGAUUUCCACCCGCUGUCUAUCUGCGAGAAGAUCUCGCCGAUCCUGGCGCAGAUAGGCGCAGACCCCGACAUGCAGAAGUACGUGCUGCCUCUGCAGCAGGUCAUCCUGACGCGGUUGUUCCAGCAGCUGUCCCAGGUAUACGAGACUGUCGACCUGGCCUACGUGGAGGGCCUCGCCAAGUUCCCCGAACCCUUCCAGGUCACCCGUGCGACCAUUGAGAAGUUCAUCAUGAACGGUAACAAGAAGGGCGAUCUCGCCAUUCGCAUGGAUCAUGCAACCAGUGUGUUGAGCUUUGACAAGGACAUUUUCUCGUCGGCCAAGGCUGCAAGUGCCGGUGCUGCGGGCGGAUCUGCCGAGGCCGACGCCGGCAUAGGGUCUGUCCAAAGACUGCAGAGCACUCCUGCAGAGAUUGUGCGGACACAGUUGACCCGGCUGUUCAAGACACUCCACACCACCUGCUACUACAUCGACCCCACGUUCAAUGAGGACCGCAUCAAGGCUCGCCAGGCCGCCCUGGCUCGGGCCAAGGCAGGCGCUGACGAGGAGCACCGGGACAUCCUGGCCCGCAAGGAGAUCAUCCAGAAGCGUAAGGAGCACGCCUCUGAGAUCCGUGCGCGCAUCGAGCGGGAGAACGCAAACGCCAAGCGCCUCCGUGAGCAGCAGCUGCAGGAAGCCGAGGCGCAACGGCUGCAACAGGAGCUCAAGGAGCGUGAGCAGAGGAGACUGCAGAAGGAGCGCGAAGAGAUCCACAAGAUUGAGAUCGAGAACACCAUCAAGGAGCUCAAGAUUGGAACCAAGCAACUCGGCAUUGAUCCUGAUGACCUGGCCAACCUGGACAGCAGCCGUCUCCGCGCCAUCAAGCUCGCCCAGCUUGAACGUGAGAAGAACGACGUCAACGAGAAGCUGCGCAUCACUGGCAAGCGUAUCGAUCAUCUUGAGCGUGCUUUUCGUAAGGAGGAGGCCAAGAAGCUGGGUGAGGACUACGAGAAGCAGCGUGCCGCGGAUCUCGCCGCCUAUGAGAAGACUAAGCAGGAGACACUCAUCGAGGCCAAGCGUAAGCACGAAGAGGCCGUGGAGCUGAAGCAUCGUGUGGAACGUCUUGUUCCCUUCUACGAGAGAUUCAAGGAGAACCUGUAUGAGCGUCGUCGCGACGAGUUUGACAAGAAGCGUCGUGACGCAGACAGGGAGAUGGAGAAGGCAGUCGCUGCACGCAAGAAGGAGUUCCGGGACAAGAAGAUCCGCGAGAAGAGAGAGCGCGAGGAGAAGGAGCAGGCUCUGCGGGAGGCCGAGGAGAGGGCUGCCCGCGAGAAGGAAGAGCGCGAGCAGCGCGAGGCCCAGCGUCGCGAGGAGAUGGCACGAAUCAAGGCCCAGCGCGACUCGGAGCGCCAGGAGGCCCUGGAGAAGGCGGCAUUGCAGGCUCGCCGCGAGGAAGAGGCUCUUGCACGCCGCCAAAGGGAGAAGGAACAAGCUCGUGCCAUCCCCGUCCGCUCAGCGGCACCCCUGGAGCGCUCCGACUCGGCCGAUCGGCCGUCUGGCCCACCACGUCUGGCCCUCGCUGGUGGCAAGCCCAGCUGGCGUGAGCGCCAGGCUGCGAAGGAGGCGGCCGGUGAAGCAACUUCUACCGACGCACCUCCCGCGCGCGCCACUCCCCCACCAUUCGAGCGCUCCGCGCCUGUGGAGCGUGCCCAACCUGCCGAGCGAGCCCCGCCAGUUGAGCGAGCUCCUCCUGUCGAGCGUACCGAGUCUGGCGACCGUUCUUCCGGACCUCCGCGUCUCAACCUCGCUGGGCGCGGUGGCAAGCCUGCCAGCAGCUGGCGUGACCGUGAAGCUGCCAAGCGUGAGACAGGUGGUGAUGCUGUUGGAGACUCGGAGCGGAGCGCACCUCCACCGGCUCGCCAGGGCUCUGGCAGGGGCGAGAAUGGAAGGGACACUCCCCCUGAGACUCUGACGGCGUCGCGUGCCCCCGGGAAGUGGGUUCCAAGGCACCUUCGGGACCAGGCUGGCCAGUAG